GCUAAUAGUCAUCCAUAAUUUAUAUUUCCAUAUUUACAUAGGGGUAGAUUGACUGGGACAUUAGAUACGAACGAAUCAAUUACUUAAUAAAUUCGAAAGAAAACAUUUUUUUAUAAUUUUCUUGCAAUCCUUAUUUAAUUAAUCAAAUUGUUUUUUUUAAAAAUGGUAAUCUUACCAUCCAAAUCCCGUUCUGCGACUUUCAGUGAACAGUACUUCCCGAGCACGGCCGUUCCGUUCCGCUAAGUUAUUGGAAGAGAUCUUUAUAAAUCAAUUACGUCCACUUGACGACGUUUGCCUUAUCGUUUCCUCUCUUCCCGCUUCGAUUCCCUCCGGCCGCCGCUUGCAUUCGCCAUUUUGGGGGCACACUAUCGGCUCGAUCCACUCAUUUCCGGUGGCAUUUCGCAGGGAAUUCAGCGAACUGGGCCAGUUCACGAUUCGAGGCGAAAGAUGGAACCACCGCGAAGUUCCGGCGUCGGAAUCGACAAUUCCGGUGAGUACUCUCCGGAGAUCGCCGAGACGCUCCGAUUCGAGGAGGAGAUUCAGAGCCUGAUCCACCCCAGCAGCUUCGACGGCUCUGCGGCUCCCACCGGCGGAGGCUCCUUCACCGCGCUCCUCGGACUGCCGGCCAACCAGGCCGUGGAGCUCCUCCACGACUCGGGCGCACGCGAGCCCCUUGCCUCGCGGAUCCGUGUAGGUGGGCAUCCUGUGCAUAGGCCCUUCCACCUGCCCUUGGAUUGCUCCUCCGCCUUCCCCUCCAACGCAACCCUCGUGGAUCGCGCUGCCCGAUUCUCCGUCUUCGCCGCCGAGGGAUCCCCGGCGUCGAGUUCCGGAAGGCUCAAAGCUGAGCCGCAGGAUUCCGAUUCCCCGCCGCUAGAUCCGAUCCCUACCGGACCGGCGAAAAGGAAGGACACCGGCAGGAGUAAGGCAAAGGCCACAGCUAAGAAGAGUAAGAACGCGGAGGAGAAUACCGACGGCGAUAAGCUCCCGUAUGUUCACGUCCGCGCUCGCCGAGGACAAGCCACGGAUAACCACAGCUUGGCGGAAAGGGCGCGAAGGGAAAAAAUUAAUGUGCGGAUGAAGCUAUUGCAAGAACUGGUCCCUGGAUGCAGUAAGAUAACAGGUACGGCUUUAGUGCUAGAUGAAAUCAUCAAUCACGUUCAGACGCUCCAAAGGCAAGUAGAGUUCCUAUCAAUGAGACUGGCAGCGGUCAACCCGAGGAUCGACUUUAGUAGCCUUGACAGCUAUUUAUCGGCGGAGUGUGGACCUGUAACAGUGCGAAACGGCCCAGGGGGAGUGGUCGUGGAUCCCUCAUUGUGGCCGACCGAUGCUACUGCAGAAGCAACCAGACGGCUGCUGGUGCCGCAAUUCUGGCACAUCGAUCUUGUGCCACCUCAGCUUCAGCCUCAGCAAUCUCUAACGACUUGGGAGAGGGAUGGCGCAGCCCAUUCCCAGCUCCUACCCAACCCUACUACUUCCCUCUUUCUUUAUGAUCCUGCCAAUUCAGUACCGCCAAACUCAAAACAGCUGAAGACAGAGCUCUAAACUUAUAGACUGGUGCUCCAGCAACUUAUCAGACUUAUGUACAUUGUACAGUACGGAGUUAGGUUUCCCAGCGGUGCCGUCGCCCGUGAUCAGCAAUUGCUUAAUGCGAUACCUAACUCCUACAUUAUGUGUGUACAAAUUUAGUAUUUCUAUUGAAGUGCAUUUCACCGAGUGGUUCUCCAAGUUGUUACUGUAAUAUGACAAGUUAUAUAGUACAUUAUUAGCCUAAAUGUUUGUAAUGGGCAUUGGCAAGGUAAGAAUAAGGUGUGGAAGUAAUGAAUUAGGACCAUCAAUACAAUCAUUGCGACUUGUUACCAACAACUAAGAUUUAGAAGCAGCGGUAGCAACUUUUAUAACCGAAGCAUACUUGAUGAGAACAUAUUUGUCUACUAGACCAGCACAACUUAAAGCUCACACACCAGAUGCAACAUGCAAACCCUUUCCAAUAAGAAGAUAGAGUUUUUGCGGGUGCAAGGAGGAUGCCCCUACUGCAUCAUUCCUCCAGCAAUUCAUACAGCAACACAGAAGACUGACAUCUUGAAAGAAAAGGCACUGUAUGCAGAUCUCACUGUAACCGAGAUGAUCGAGCUUCAUUGUAUGCCCUUAGAUCUUAUCAAGCUUUUCUGCCUUCACGACAGGAUUUGCUUUAGCAAUUGCAUUCUGAGCCUCUUCUCGGUAGUUGAAUGAGCAGUCAUGCUUGUCCGAGUAGCGAUGUACAGCACAGAAAAGGUUUCCACAACGGCAAUUAAAUCCAGUCAGGCCCACACGUUUCUUGCAGGCUGUGCACUUCUUCGGACCCUCCUUGAUUUUUGUUUCUCCACCUUCACUCGAUCCCAAAGCAUCAGAUGGUUGGAGCUUAAGCGAUUUUACUUCAGCAGAGUUCACAAAUGCAUCAGUAUUGCCCACAACAAUGGGUUCCUUCCCGCUACCACUGCCAUUGACAAAGCUAUCAAUUGAGGAUUGUGCCAGCUUUUCCCGUUCCUGCUUAAGAAUCAUCUCCCUGUGGCAUUUGGAGCACAUGUUCAUGGUCG